AUGGCAGAAAUCAAGCGCAGUUUCAAUGAUGAGAUGGGAUUUCUCAAGCGGGAAGAUUCUACCUGCUAUUCCAUCCGACCGGGAUUUGUGACUGGUAUGAAUGUGCCCGGCAAGUUCUACGUCAAUGAUCAGCUUGAACGACUGAUGAUUGACGAGCUGCGGAGCUUCAGCAGGCAGUCCCACAAUGCGGGUGGAUUUCUGCCCGCCGUGAAGCAGAUUGGCAAUGUGGCAGCUCUGCCUGGUAUUGUCAAGUACUCAAUUGGCCUACCGGACAUUCACAGCGGAUACGGCUUCGCUAUUGGAAACGUAGCUGCCUUCGACAUGGGUCUUCCAGACGCAGUUGUUUCUCCUGGCGGUGUGGGGUUUGACAUCAAUUGUGGUGUCAGACUCGUGCGGACGAACCUCCUCUAUUCAGAUGUGCAACCUGUGAAGGAGACUCUGGCACAGUCGCUCUUUGAUCACAUCCCAGUUGGAGUUGGCUCAAUGGGCAUCAUUCCCACAAAAGAGCAGGACCUCGAGGAGGCACUGCAGCUUGGCAUUGACUUCUCGCUCAGAGAAGGCUAUGCAUGGCCGGAGGACAAGGAGCACUGCGAAGAGUAUGGACGCAUGCUGAAUGCCGACCCGGGCAAAGUCUCCAGCCGAGCAAAAAAGCGUGGCCUGCCUCAGCUUGGCACACUCGGUGCAGGGAACCAUUAUGCCGAGAUUCAGGUGGUGGAUGAAAUCUAUGAUGAGUUCGUGGCCAAAAAGAUGGGCAUUGACCAAAAGGGACAGGUUUGUGUCAUGAUCCAUUCUGGAAGCCGUGGGCUGGGACAUCAGGUUGCAACUGAUGCGCUAGUGGACAUGGAGCGGGCGAUGACGCGGGACAAUAUCCGCACCAAUGACCGUCAGUUGGCGUGUGCACGAAUCCACUCCGACGAGGGCCAGAACUACCUGAAGGGCAUGUCCGCCGCCGCCAACUAUGCGUGGGUGAACCGCUCCUCCAUGACUUUCUUGACGCGACAGGCUUUUGCCAAGGUCUUCAACCAGUCUCCUGAGGACUUGGACAUGCAUGUCAUCUACGAUGUUUCGCACAACAUUGCAAAGGUUGAAGAACACUUUGUUGAUGGCCAGUGCAAGCAACUCUUGGUCCACAGGAAAGGAUCCACGCGGGCAUUCCCGCCCCACCAUCCGCUCAUCCCGGUUGACUACCAGCUGACCGGCCAACCUGUCAUUGUCGGAGGCACGAUGGGCACCUGCUCCUAUGUGCUGACAGGCACCGACAAAGGCAUGAGAGAGACUUUUGGCAGCACUUGCCAUGGAGCUGGGCGUGCCCUGAGUCGGAACAAGUCACGAAACAACCUUGACUAUGGCGAUGUCCUGAAGAGAUUAGAGGAUAUGGGCAUCUCCAUUCGAGUUGCCUCGCCGAAGCUCAUUAUGGAGGAAGCUCCCGAGAGCUACAAGGAUGUCACUCAGGUGGUGCAGACCUGCCAUGACGCUGGCAUCUCCAAAAAAGCCAUCAAGCUGAAGCCGGUCGCUGUUGUGAAGGGUUAA